UGAGCAAUGUCCCUGCAUUAGAAACACCUUACAUGCUGCCUUUCCCGCCUGAAGGAACUAUCUAUGACUAUCAGUUUUUAAAGGAGGUCAGAAUUAUCUUUAACAUAAACAAAAUUAGAUUACUCUUUUUUUUUUUUAAUAACUUAUAAUUCUACUGAAUAUCUAAUAAUUAAAAAAGUUAAAAUUAUAUUAUGCCAGUUUUACAAGUUGGAUUUAAAGAAAUAAUAAUAAUAUAUUUACUGUCUCAGUCACUGGUAAAAAAAUUAUACUUCCUUUACACUCUGCAAUAAAAUUAAACAAAGCUAUAUUUGUGUUAAAAUCACUUUUUAGCUAGUAUUGAAUGCAGAUAAGUAAUUUUAUCUAUACACAAAUGGCUAUAGGAAGUAAAACAUAAUCUUUACAAAAACUCUUAACAUAUUUUUAGAAAAUAAAUUUAGCUUUAAAACAUUAUCCGUGAAUUGUGAGAAUUUUCUGUUCCAGAAAUUUGAGAAACCAAAAAACAAGAAAAAAGGAGAUGAAGAGAGUGAGGAUCUGUUCACAGAGGACUUGAUGGAGCUGCUCAACAAGGAUAUGGCUGGCAUAGAGAAGAAGGUGCUGCUUUCACAUUGUGUCUUAGAAAAAUUUAGACUGGUCAAUAGCUUAAACAAAAUAAGGAAUUCAAAGCUGCUACUAAUUUCACAUCCCUCAAUUUGAAUGUAAAAAAUAUAAGUCCAUUUAUCACAUGUAUUUUUAGAUUUGUGGUCGCUGGGCACAUUGGUCGGAAGAGCUAACCGCAAUGCCUGAGAUAUCGUCCGAAGCAGCCUUUAAUGAGAUCAUUGUCCCAACAGUGGACACCGUCCGCUACACAGCUCUUAUGGAAAUGUUGACUUUACAUGACAACCAUUACCUGAUUAUUGGCCCGACAGGGACCGGCAAGAGUGUUUAUAUCACCGUGAGUGGAAGGACAGAAAUUAGUUUUAUGUUUGGACAUAAUAUCUGUUUAACAUCAGGCUUAUCUGAGGGCUUUAUAACAUGUGACUGUGUUUGUAGCAACUUAGUAAUCAUCAUUUUGUUUAUUGAAAAGUUUUUAAUUGUAGACGUGUAACAUGGACAGAAUUCACAAUAUUUGUUGUGGAAAUCUGUUCAUUAAGAUUUUAUGAUUUAGGAUUGUAGAGAUUAAAGAGAUGUGUUUUGAGUGCAGUUUUGAAGGCUGUGAUGUUCGGUAUAUUGCAGAUGUGUUUGGAAAAUUCCAUUGUUUAGGGACAGUAUGGUCAAGGCUCUAAAAUCUGUACUGGGCAAACUUUUUUAGACAGUAAUGAAUGACUCAUAAUUUUUUAGUGUCUUGAGAAAUUCUAAUGAUAAACUAAGGAAAUGUGAGCUAGUGUUUACUGUGAAACCAUGGCAGGAGAAAAUAAUCUAGAUUCCAAUGGGGACUAAUAUAUUCAAAAAUGUUUGUUGAAAUUUCAUGUUUAAGGCAAACUUCCUGCAAAAUAUGGCCUCACCCCAUCCAACCCCCCCCCCCCCCCCCUCAAACCAUAUCCCACCAAAACAAUUCUGAAAAAAGUGGCAUUUUAACCAAUAUCCCCCCUAAAAAAAGAUUAAUGAUAAAGACAACAUUCAUUGACAUUUUUUGCCCAUUAGGAAGAUAUGAAUUUCAUGGACAUAUUUGUCUUUUUGUAACAGGAUUUUCUACUGAAGAAGUUAGACAAGAACAUCUACAAACCAAAUAUCCUGAAUUUUUCUGCCCAGACCAGUUCUACACAAACCCAAAAUAUGAUAAUGUCCAAACUAGACAAAAGAAGGAAAGGGGUCUACGGACCCCCACCCGGUAAAAGAGCUGUAAGUAAACAAAUGAUAAACUUUUAAAUACAAGGUCUAUAUUAUCACAUGGGACUGUGCAUUGCUAUUUUUAAGGCAUGUUUAAAAAUUUAUAAAAGCUUAGCUGUCUAAUUAGCAUGGAUAAGACUUGCAUGAUCCUGGAGGAAAUGUAAUAAAUGAGUAAAUGAACGAGUCAACACAAAUAGUAUGUCCUAAAUAAGGGAAUCAUAUUUAGGCAAUUCGUUGAUAGAAUUAUUGUAGAGUAAGCCCUAGAAUGUCACAAUCUUGCCUGUCACCGAUUACCUCCCCUUACAGCUGGUGUUUGUUGAUGAUCUGAACAUGCCCAUGCCGGAACAGUGGGGAGCCCAGCCUCCCAUCGAACUCUUGAGACAGUGGGUGGAUCACUGGAACUGGUAUGACCUUACGGAC